CCUGCUUACUCAGUUCAUCCCAAGAAGCAGCUGCUCCAGGAACAAAGGUGCCAUGCAGCCCCGGGUCCUCCUCGUUGCUGCCCUCCUGGUGCUCCUGGCCUCUGCCCAAGCUUCCGAGGCAGAGGAUGCCUCCCUUCUGGGCAAAAUGCAGGACUACAUGAAGCAGGCCACCAAGACUGCCAAGGACGCACUGACCAGCAUGCAAGAGUCCCAGGUGGCCCAGCAGGCCAGAGGCUGGGUGACCGACAGCUUCAGCUCCCUGAAAGACUACUGGAGCACGUUCAAGGGCAAGUUCUCUGAAUUCUGGGAUUCUGCCCCGAGCCCCGCACUACCUUCACCUGAGGCCAUCUGAGAUCUCGGUACCCCAAGUCCGCCUGCCCAUCCAUCCUGCCAGCUCCUCGGGUCCUGCAGCCUCCCAGGGCUGCCCCCAAAGGUAGCUUGAAAGGGACGACAUUCUCAGUGCCCUCCCACCCCACCCCAGACCUGGCCCACCCCCAGGGUGUGCUGUCUUUCCAAUAAAGCUGGACAAGAAGCUGUCAUGAGUGGGAUGUCC